AUGGCGGAAUCCACCGCUGCCGGGGCGGAGCGAGGCGCCGAUGAAUGUGUGCGAUCGCACCCCCAUUACCGUCGCCCUCCCUUCCCGUCGCCCUCCCUUCCCGUCGCCCUCCCUUCCCGUCGCCCUCCCUUCCCGUCGCCCUCCCUUCCCGUCGCCCACCACUCCCGUCGCCCGCGCUUCUUCCUGUCGCCGUCCGUUCUGCUCGUCGCCCUCCCUUCGUCCCCCGUCAAUUCUCUCCCCGUCGCCCUCGCUUACCCCGUCGCCCUCGCUUUCCCCGUCGCCCUGCCAUCCACUGCUCGUCGCCUUCGCCUUCCCUCCCGCCUGCUGAGCCAUCUGCUUCCCCCCAUCCGGUUUUCUUCUUCCCCCCCUCCGAUUCCCGCCUCGCCCCCAUCCCCCUCCCUGCGACCCCUCAUCCCCCUUCCCGCCUUCCCCCCAUCCCCCUCCCUGCGUCCCCCCAUCCUCUUCAUUCUUUCCCCUUCUCCCAAGCCCUCCUUCCCCCCAUCCGAUUUUCCCCUCCCCCCCCCCUCCCCUUCCCUGCUUCCCUGUCUCCUCGACCGCCACUCCACUUUGCUCAUCCCCGACAUUUCACGGCCUUAUGUCCCCCUCCCGCCACAGUCCAUUCAGGCCAAUUCACUCCCCCCACUUCCUUCUAUCUGCAUCCCUCCCCAUCCCCCUCCCCACCACCAGGCGCGCGCCCUGCUAGCAUGGCAUCGAUCGCAGCGCUUCUGUGGCACCUCUGUGGCGUGCACAUCGCCCUGUGACGCAGGCUACUACACCUCACAUCACCGUUGGCUACCCUUUCCUUCUCGCCCUUCUUCUUUCCCAUCUCCACUCCCUUCCCGUCCAUCACCCCUCCCCUUACGCCUCCCCAUCUCCUCAUCCCGCCUCUCCAUCUCCUCAUCCCGCCUCCCCAUCUCCUCAUCCCGCCUCCCCAUCUCCUCAUCCCCCCUUCCCUUCUCAUCAUCCCCCCUCCCCAUCUCAUCAUCCCCCCUUCCCUUCUCAUCAUCCCCCCUCCCCAUCUCAUCAUCCCCCCUUCCCUUCUCGUCAUCCCCCCUUCCCUUCUCAUCAUCCCCCCUUCCCUUCUCAUCAUCCCCCCUUCCCUUCUCAUCAUCCCCCCUUCCCUUCUCAUCAUCCCCCCUUCCCUUCUCAUCAUCCCCCCUUCCUUCUCAUCAUCCCCCCUUCCCUUCUUAG